AUGAAUAACUAUUUAGCUUGCAGAAAGAUAGUUAUUAUGAUCAAGUCACUUGAAGCAUAAAUAGAAGCCUAAAGAGAAUCUCAAAUGAUUGUUCAUCAUGACUAAGAGCAUUUUUUGGAUAAGCUAAAAGUCUUAAAGAAGUAGCUGCAACUAACUAAGGUGAUUUUUGGAUCUCAUGAAUAAACACUCUGGGAUUUCUCAGAAUUGGAGUUGACAAUUUAAAAUGCAGUUGACUCAAUGUGUGCCUCGUUCUCAUUUUAAUAGAAAAAAAAGCAUCUUCCUAAGCUUCAUGAGGCUAUUUUGCAAAUAGAGGGAGAUUUGCAUAUAUCUUUAGCUAAAACAACUCCAAGAGAGUCAUUAGAAAGAUUUUUCAAUGCAAAAGUAUUUGGAACUAUUGAGUAAAUGAGAGUUGAGAUGGAAUUAAGGUAUAAAGCUAAGUAAGUAUAUUUAAAGAGUUAAGAUAAGACUGUAAUUCAUGGAUAUUGGGUAUCUUGCCACUAAGCUCAAUAUGAGGAAAUGAAUGAUAAUGAGAAUGAUAAUAGCUAUGAAGAAUAUCGCAAUAAUUCUAAACCCCAAAAUAAUAGAUAUCCUACUAUGAUAUUCUGCAAUCCUAAUGCUGGAUUUGCUGAAUUCUUUUAGUACCAAAGUGAUUGGCUCGACUAUUAUUUCUACUUGGGUAUUAACGUGUUUGUUUGGAAUUACAGAGGAUUUGGCUUAAGUGAAGGUAGACCAUCACCUAAGAAACUUAAAGAGGACUCUGAGAUAGUUGCAUAAUAUGUAAGAUCAAAAACACAACACCCUAAAAUAGGAGCCCAUGGGCUAUCAAUGGGUGGCCUAUUUGCCUGCUAUUUAGGAAGAAAAGGUUUAGUUGAUUUUGUGUUUGCAGAUAGAACUUUUGCUAAUUUAGAUAAUGUUCCUAUCUAUUCAAUGGGUAUGUGGGCUAAAUGGGGGAUGAAAUUCUUCACUCUUUGGAAAGAAGUAGAUGCAACAAGAGACUAUAUCUUUACUAAUUGCUAUAAAGUUAUAGCAUAAGAUCCAAGUGAUGAAGUUAUUAAUGAUAAUGCUUCACUGAAAACGGGCAUCUCGCUAAGAAUAGUCUAAGAUAUCUCAGAAUACUAUCAUAUUUUAAAUAGAGAUGAAACUAAAGUCCUAUUUCAAAACCUAGAUGAAGUAUUCACUGUGAUAUUUGAACUUGAAUUAUAAAACAAAAAACUUAGAAAGAAGUUUUCAGGCAAUAAAAGCAAUUUAUCAACUACUUAAGCAAGCCUAAAUGCAAAAUACGAAUCAAUGACUGGUAAUAACUCUCCUAACGAUUAUCUCCUUUAAACCAAUCAUGGAUCUACAAUGGAUGGCCUCUAAAAGCCUGCCUCUGAAAUUGAGCACAGUUAUUUAUUGACAGAUCUAGACAGUACUACAAAUAGAUCUCAAUAGAAUUCUCCCAAUUCUUCUGCAUUACACACCUCAGGAAACUUUAAAACUUUGACUUCCUCAAGAAAAAGAGCGAUCAAGAGUCAAGCAAUUAAAGAAAAAGAAAGAAAAAUUAGAGAGCGAGAGAAUGAUCAGCAAACUGAUUUCUACGAAUAUCUUGAGUUACUUGUUACAUUCUACAAACUUAUGAUGAGAUUAGAUUCUGCUGGGAGAACAUUGCAGUCUACGAAAUUGCAUGAGUUUAGAAAGCAAAUGAAACUUACUGUAUAAUAAAAAAGAGACUUCAAUAUUGCAUAGGGGAACAUUAUGAAAAAUAUCUUGACAAAAUUUGAAGUCAUCGAUUUCUAUCUUUCAAAGAUGGAAUCAUUCCUGGGAAAGAAGCAUCAAAAUUUAGCUCAUAAGUCAACUGCAUCAAACUGUGGGGAUUCAGUCUACUCAGGUAGUCCUAAGUCUUCCACUUCAGAGAGGAUGAUUUCAUUAGAUGAAGAAAUAGGAAAAGAAAAUGAAAUUGAAAUGAGUGAAUUUGAUGUAGCAAUGAAAAAUAUCGAAAAGAAAAGAAAUUAGGUUGAAGAUGACAAUGAAGUAGGUAAUAAAGGGAAAAAAAGGAUUUCAUCCCUCACUGAAAAGAAUGUAAUGGGACUGGGAUAGGAUAAUGGUAUCUGA